CUAGCUGUUUCAAGGGAAGAACAAGUGUUAUUUGGGAGCCACAUUGAAGAAGAAGGAACAACAAAAAGUAUACCAAAGCAGCACAAGAACAAGAGUCAACAUGGAAAGAAGGGUGAAUUACUAUGUGCUACUUCUUGUAAUUGCUCAUUUCCUUUGUUCAGGUUCAAGUAAGCCAGAAAAGGAAGCACUAAGGCAUGAUGAAGAAAAAGAAGUAGAAUUUAGAGGUUUAAAGUCAAGCACUCAAAGGGACAUCACCACACCAAUCACUACAAUUCCCAACUUAGUUCCAAUCACUUCAUCAUCUCCAAUUCUGAAUCCUAAUUCAAACCCUGAUACAGUUUCUCCAGCCUCCACACUCCCAAUCAUCACACCAAAUAAUUCUCCAAUUUAUUCCUCAGGUGCAAGCUGGUGCACUGCAAGUCCUACUGCCUCACAGAGAGCCUUGCAAGUUGCAUUGGACUAUGCUUGUGGCUAUGGUGCCACUGAUUGCUCUGCAAUUCAACCUGGUGGAACCUGUUACUUCCCAAAUUCUGUUAGAGACCAUGCUUCUUAUGCCUUCAAUAAGUAUUAUCAGAAGAACCCUGUUCCUAAUAGCUGCAAUUUUGGUGGAGUUGCUGUCAUCACUAGCACUAAUCCAAGUAGUGAAACAUGUCAGUAUGCAUCCACCAGUAUAAGUUCGUCAGUGUUAAACACAACAAACACAAGUGGUGCAAAUGUUUUUGGUUCAGUACCUGUGCCCAAGGACCCUUCUGCCUCUGCUGCUGCAGCUGCAACAUCACCUACAUUUCUACACUUUUGCUUCAUUCUGUGGCCAUUAUUAGCAAUUUUUUAGAAGAAUUAUUUUUAAGAAGAAUGAAGUUUAGAUUUUGCAUGGAUUUGGUCUUUAUUUUAUUUAAGGGUGGGGAAGGGGUUGUGUACUAGAAAAGGAGAUAGGUACAAAACCAUUAAUAUGACAUACAUCAUAUCAUAGAAAACACUUUGUAGAAAAAGUAGCAAUUAUAUGAAGGCUUUCAGUAGAUAUUUAUA